GCUCUUCCCGUAAAAGUCUCUCUCUCUCUCUCGUGGAUGCUUCGUCUCCUUCGAUAACUCCUAUUACCUGUAAAAAAUGGUUCCUUUCGCUCUAAUCAUUUUCCUCCUUUAAACAAGACCUUAGCUUGCAUUCCACUUUCUCGUGUCAUAAAUCCGGAUUUCCAGACGCUUUUACCCAUUGCUUUUCCCUUUUUUUUUUUCACAUUUCUGGGGACCGAUCGGCUUCCAGAUCUGUAACCCCACGAUGCUGCUUCGACCCUGCAUUUGUUCUUGCCGAAGUUGGAUUCCGAUGUGAAGAUCCAAGGCGAAUCUUUCAGAUUGUGGUGGGAUUUGCAGGGGAAUCUGUAAACCCAGAAUGUUGAUUCGAACCUGCACCUGUUCGCGGCAAGUUGGGUUCGGAUGUGAAGUUCCGAGGCGCGAGUAUUCGGUUUCAGCAGGGAGGAAUAGGGCUUGGUGAGAAGAAGGAUGGGAUCGGGUGGGAGCAAGACAUGUCGCGGCUCCGCCGGCGCGGCGGUGUCGGGGAGUGACGGUGGACGGAGGAUAAGAUCGAGGAGCCAUUGGAGCAUUCCUUCAUCGUCUUGUCUUUCCUCGGCUUCUGCUUCUAACGACAGUGACGAUGAUGGUGAACAGGUAUGCAGUAGCUGGAUGAGAAAGAGCCAUGGAAGUACCUCAAGGCGGAGAAUGACGCCAUUGGAGACUGAGGGCCAAGAAAAUGCAGAUUGUUACAAAGGGUUGAAGGAAAAGGAUGAUGAGUACGAAAAGCCUUGUAUCUCGUCUGAUGAGCUUGAGCUUGAUGAACAUGGCGAAGCGAGUGUAACCAAUCUGCCAAUGAGAAAUGGUGGUUCUGUCCGAGCAUCCUCGUCAAGAUCCUUGAACACUCCAGGUCGUAUCUUUUCUCAUUUCAGAUUCAUUCCUGGUAACAUAAGCUCCAGACUCAGCAGAGCUUCAAGCUCAAGAUCCAUGAAUGCUUAUCCAGACUCCUCGAAUGAUCUAGACGGUGUUACUUCUCCGUUAGAAUCCACAAGCAGCUUUACCGAUAGAAAUGAAUCUCGCCGAGGAAACCACUUCAGUAGAGGUUGCAUCCAGGGUUUUGAAGCUCCAACCGGUACUCUACUUUCGAAUUGUUCUACAUAUAAUGUAUCGGAUGAUUACCAACAUGAACACAGAGUUCCCAUGGCCGACAAUGUAGUAAGAGAUUUUGGAGCCAUGAGAGUCGGGGAAGUUACCAACAUGUGUUCUCCAACUCCAAGGACAGCAAGCCAUCCGGGCAGUAACUAUGCUGGAGUUCUUGAUAGGCGUCCUGUAGUUCGGGAGCCCUCUGAACGGAAUGUUAGGUUUAGCCGGACACUUAGUGUUGGAAGACUCCGUGAUAGGGUUCUUCGUAGGUCUUCACUCUCGGAUUUUUCGUACCCUCGUUCUCAGCAUCCAGACGAAGGCAGUGAUACCACUUCAGCUAGUCAGGCAACAACAUCUGCAGCAGAAAAUAGUCCCAUGCUUUCAAGAUCGAUACUUGGUCACUCCCCAUCAAGUAUUCGCAGGUCCUUAUUUGGCAUUCAAGAUCACGAGAUGCAAACUCCUCGUGCAAGAGAAGGAAGGUAUCGGGAUCUAUUGGAACACAGAUCGAAUUUCCUUGAACGGAGGAGGAGAAUACGAUCUCAGGUUCGGGCUCUUCAAAGACUGGGUACUCGUUUCGAGAAUGUCUCAGGCCAUGACAGGUCUUGUGCCUUGACGGGUCCAAACCAAGCAGGCCGUUGCACAUGUCAUGCAAGUAACCGUGGUGGUGCAAGCACAGCCGAUGAGACAAAUGCUAGUGCUAGCAUAUCGAGACUAGUAAUGCUGGCUGAAGCCUUGUUUGAGGUUCUGGAUGAAAUCCACCAGCAAUCUGUUGUCUUAUCAUCUGAACCAUCUGUUUCACCAAUUGGAUCUGUUCCUGCACCUAACAAUGUCGUGGACUUGUUACCCGUGAAACCGUACACCAAGUCACAUGCAGAGCGGAACGAGGAAGCAUCAUCGCAAUGUUACAUCUGCCUCUUGGAAUACGAAGAAGGAGACACUAUACGGACAUUGCCUUGCCAUCACGAAUUCCAUAGAACUUGCGUGGAUAAAUGGCUCAAGGAAAUCCACAGGGUAUGCCCACUUUGCCGAGGAGACAUCUGCAAGGCCGGCCUGUUUCCCGACCAGCGAAACUCGUGAAACCGCAAAUUAGGAUCUUGGUGCUGAUCCUACAAGCCGGGAACUGGAAGAUAUGUCCUGUCUUUUCCGACCCCCAGAGCCAGACUGAGUGAGAUCAUGACCAUUGUUUUUGUUCAGCUUCACGUUGACACCGCGGAAAACCCGGUUUUUCGACCACGUCGAGAGAUGUAUUAUAUUGUCUAAUGUUACAUGAUUCCCGGUGUUAAAUAGAACUCGUUAUUCAUUUUUUAUAUCCGUAUUUACGAAAUUGUUAAAGUUUAUAAA